AUGGUGGCCAUCGCCUACAUCGCCGGCUUCUUGCUGGAGGACAAGGUGGUCUGCAAUGACCGUUUCUCCGAGGACAGCUACAAGACGGUGGCCCAGGGCACCAAGAAGGAGGGCUGCACCUUCCUCUUCAUGAUGCUCUACUUCUUCAGCAUGGCCAGCUCCAUCUGGUGGGUCAUACUUUCCCUGACUUGGUUCCUGGCGGCCGGGAUGAAAUGGGGGCACGAAGCCAUCGAGGCCAACUCUCAGUACUUUCACCUGGCCGCCUGGGCAGUGCCAGCCAUCAAAACCAUCACCAUCCUGGCGGUGGGGCAAGUCGAUGGGGAUAUCCUAAGCGGAGUUUGCUUCGUUGGUAUCAAUAAUGUGGAUGCCUUGCGUGGAUUUGUAUUGGCCCCACUUUUUGUUUACUUGUUCAUUGGCACGUCCUUCCUCCUGGCUGGCUUUGUGUCCCUCUUCAGGAUUAGAACCAUCAUGAAACACGAUGGAACCAAAACAGAAAAGCUGGAGAAGUUGAUGGUGAGGAUUGGAAUCUUCAGCGUCCUCUACACCGUCCCCGCCACCAUCGUUAUUGCUUGUUAUUUUUACGAGCAAGCCUUCAGGGAACAUACCAACCACCCUCCCAUGAGUCCGGAUUUUACGGUCUUUAUGAUCAAAUAUCUCAUGACUUUAAUUGUCGGAAUAACGUCUGGCUUCUGGAUUUGGUCAGGCAAAACGCUCAACUCGUGGAGAAAGUUUUAUACCAGACUCACCAACAGUAAACAGGGGGAGACUACGGUCUGA